GAGGAGGAGGAGGAAGAGAGAGAAGAAGGAGGAGGAAGAGAGAUUCAACAAGAGAAGAAAGAUCAGUCAGUACCACACAGCUGAGAGGGACUCUGCACUACAACACUACUCCUCUACAAAUCCGGAUAAAGCCGCUCGUUCUUCAAACAGAUCAGAAUAUGGAGACAUGAGGGGCCUCUUUACAGGACUGCUUCUUCUGCUCUGACUGAGUUAGACUCAGCAACAAGGAUCAGCCGAGAGAUCAGUAGAGAGAGACAGCCCUCAUCCAGGAUCAGUAGAGAGAGACAGCCCUCAUCCAGGAUCAGUAGAGAGAGACAGCCCUCAUCCAGGAUCAGUAGAGAGAGACAGCCCUCAUCCAGGAUCAGUAGAGAGAGACAGCCCUCAUCCAGGAUCAGUAGAGAGAGACAGCCCUCAUCCAGGAUCAGUAGAGAGAGACAGCCCUCAUCCAGGAUCAGCAGAGAGAGACAGCCCUCAUCCAGGAUCAGUAGAGAGACAGCCCUCAUCCAGGACCAGCAGAGAGAGACAGCCCUCAUCCAGGACCAGCAGAGAGAUCAGCAGAGAGAGACAGCCAUCGUCCAGGACCAGCAGAGAGAUCAGCAGAGAGAGACAGCCAUCGUCCAGGACCAGCAGAGAGACAAGGACCUGUGGAACCUCCCUAGUGGAAUUCGGAAUCACUGUGGAAUCUAGAACUAUCCUGCCUGGAAUCCUCCAUCUCUUCCCUGAACUGUUGAAUACGUUCUAGAACAGGUUCUAGAGUCAGAAUGGGUUCUACUGUUCCUGUUUCGUCCAUGGUGUUAGUGCUGGUGGUGUUCCACACCUUCACAGCGGGACAGUGUCAGAGCCAACCCAGCCUGACAGGAAAUCUCCCCGUCUCAGCCUUCCACAGUACAGACACCCCCCUGGGUCUGCUACUGGACCCCCAAAACCCCUCCCAAAACCCCCAUGACAUCACAUCUCUGAACCUCAUUACCCCCAUCUCAUCCACACCCUCUCCUGACUCUGACGGUGGACACCAACAUCUGAAACACGGACCCCAUCCCCUCACCUCUAACACGUCGUCCCGGGCAGUGCGUGUUCAGCCUGUAGUACCCCCUGUCUGCCACCAGGUGACCUUCAUAAAGACAGCCUUUAAAUACAUAAACACAGUGAUUAGCUGUGUGAUAUUCAUGGUGGGGAUGGUAGGAAACGCCACUCUACUGAGGAUUAUCUACCUGAAUAAGACGAUGAGGAACGGACCUAACGCCCUGAUCGCCAGCCUGGCCCUGGGAGAUCUGAUCUAUAUCACUAUAGAUAUACCCAUCAACGUUUAUAAGCUCCUGGCUGGCUCGUGGCCGUUCGAUGACAGCUCCAUUGGUCUGUUCCUCUGUAAACUGUUCCCCUUCCUGCAGAAAGCUUCUGUUGGCAUCACUGUACUCAACCUGUGUGCCCUGAGCGUGGACAGGUAUCGUGCAGUAGCGUCGUGGAGCAGGGUCCAGGGUGUCGGUGUUCCCCUGUUAACAGCAGUGGAGAUCAUCUCUAUUUGGUUGUUAUCCAUUCUGAUGGCUGUACCAGAGGCUAUAGGAUUCAACAUGGUCACCUUUGAGUACAGGAACGCGACCAUACGGACCUGCAUGCUCAACCCACAGACACCAUUCAUGACGUUCUACCGGGAUGCCAAAGACUGGUGGUUGUUUGGGUUCUAUUUCUGUGUUCCGUUGGCGUGUUCCGCAGUGUUCUACACUCUGAUGACAUGUGAGAUGUUACAUCACAGGAACGGAUCUCUCCGCAUCGCGCUCAGCGAACACCUCAAACAGCGUCGGGAGGUAGCCAAGGCAGUGUUCUGUCUGGUCCUGAUCUUCGCUCUGUGCUGGUUCCCUCUGCACCUCAGCAGGAUCCUGAAGAAGAUGGUUUACAUGCCUCAUGAUGCCCGACGCUGUGAACUGCUCAAUUUCCUGUUGGUCCUCGACUACUUCAGUAUUAACCUGGCCACAGUCAACUCCUGCAUCAACCCCAUCAUACUCUACUUCGUCAGCAAGAAGUUCAAAAACUGCUUCAAGUCAUGUCUGUGUUGUUGGUGUGACUCCAGUUCCCUGAUCGACAGUAUGGUACCACAGAACCUCAACGGAACCAGCCUGCAGAUUAAGAACCCAGAUCAACAGUAUGGUACCACAGCACCUCAACGGAACCAGCCUGCAGAUUAAGAACCCAGAUCAACAGUAUGGUACCACAGAACCUCAACGGAACCAGCCUGCAGAUUAAGAACUCAGAUCAACAGUAUGGUACCACAGAACCUCAACGGAACCAGCCUGCAGAUUAAGAACCCAGAUCAACAGUAUGGUACCACAGAACCUCAACGGAACCAGCCUGCAGAUUAAGAACUCAGAUCAACAGUAUGGUACCACAGAACCUCAACGGAACCAGCCUGCAGAUUAAGAACCCAGAUCAACAGUAUGGUACCACAGCACCUCAACGGAACCAGCCUGCAGAAUAAGAACCCAGAUCAACAGUGUGGUACCUCAAAGGAACCAGCCUACAGAAUAAGAACCCAGAUCAACAGUGUGGUACCUCAGGAACCAGCCUGCAGAUUAAGAACCCAGAUCAACAGUGUGGUACCUCAGAACCUCAACGGAACCAGCCUGCAGAAUAAGAACCCAGAUCAACAGUGUGGUACCUCAGGAACCAGCCUACAGAAUAAGAACCCUGAUCAACAGUGUGGUACCUCAGAACCUCAACGGAACCAGCCUGCAGAAUAAGAACCCAGAUCAACAGUGUGGUACCUCAGGAACCAGCCUACAGAAUAAGAACCCAGAUCAACAGUAUGGUACCUCAGAACCUCAACGGAACCAGCCUACAGAAUAAGAACCCAGAUCAACAGUGUGGUACCUCAGUACCUCAGGAA